AGCAAAAUGCAUAUCUUUCGAUAAGCGCCUUGCGAUCUAAGUGCGUUGUAUGCCUCUAAUCGCGGUUAUUAUCCGCGAUCCAUUUCCGAAAUUGUCUGGCCAGCGAGCAAACAGUCUUGGCACCGUCCGAUCCGGUGUAGCGAAAGAAGAAUUCGCCGAUGGUUUUCUUUCAGAGAGGCCGAGUUUGGACCCACCGACCCGUGGGCCCACUGUGUGUGUGACAAACGAUCGAAACUCCACCCAUCGUCGUCUCCCUAACCCCUGCCGCCGGCCGACGGUCGGGUCGCUGCCGAUCGCCUCCGCCGCAUCCGGAGGGUGCUAUGGGGAUCGUACUUUCUGGUUUGAAGUCUCGCACUGGUGGCGGGGCACCGUAGACACGCUUCUCUCGGUGAUGCCGUCGCCGAGUCCGGCGCAACCGCAAAGGCAGUUCCGCGCCGUCAAGCGCGACCAGCACGUCGGCAAGACAUUGUGGACUUUCAGUCAGCAAGCUGCUGACCGUGAGAAUAUCCAGAGGUGCGCCACGGCCAAUAUGCUUUUCGGAGGUUACAGGCGUUCUGUUCGCAAUGUAAACAUGAUGACAGUAGGGAGAUGCCAGUAUGCCACCGUUAUCCAGUACCAAACAAUUAGUUUGACCUCGUUGUACAAGUUGUUGUGAACAUAGUGCUGAGCUUUGUUCAGAUUAUACCAUGUCGAGAAGGUGCAAACAUUCUUGGGCAGUAACUGAGCAGGUGACUGACAGUUUCUGUUCGUGCUGUUACCAAUCACUGUUUGUUGCAAAUCGAUCUAUCAUUCUCCGAACAAAUAGAGGAAAGUCUGAAAGGAACAAAGGUUUCAGCUAAAAUUCCUGCGAUCCCGUCGUGUUUCUUGAAGGACUCGAUCGAUCCUCAUAGAGGAGCUAAAUCAAGCUUUUACUGAUGGAGAUGUCACAUGCGAGAGCAUAUUCUAAAGUGGUGUGAUAAGAAAUCCCUUUCGAGACUUUCUAAUGAACUAAUAUUCGCAGGGAAGAGGAAACUACGGCUGAUCCGAACUGACAAGACAAAAAGAAGGAAGUUACGGCUGAUGGUCAGAGCCAAAGAUACAAAAAGGAGAACCCCAUGAAAGGAUGCCACACGCCUACACCCUUCAUCAGUGGAUUCCAAGGCAAGUACAUGGUUGCUCCUGUCCCUGCCAUGAAUGAAGUGAAGGGUACUUCUCAAUUCAGAUACAAACUUACGGCAGUUCAGACCUGGCGUAACAGCUCCUGGUGCAACAACAAGUACUUCCACACUUCACCGCUGUUCCCAAAAAGAAGUAGAAAAAAUUCGUUCACACUUCACAGAUUAAGCAUUCCUGUCAAAGACCAUCCAUGGUGUAAACUCAUGCCAUUUGCAUGGAGAUCGAUCUCUCGCAGCAAGACCCGGUAACACACAGCCCGCGACUUGUAAUUCUCCAGUU